CCCCCCCCUCUUUCCUUCCCAAGGCAUUGAACCAAGAUCCAUCCAACAAGAAACCAAAGAGUUAUCUCGACAUGGCAUCUAAGUCGGAGGCCCCUUCAACGGUAGCAGCCAAACUGCACCUCAAUGGGAUUGCCGGUCGUCGACCCAGCACCCCCACUAACCCGCGGCGUCUCCCAAACAGGACCGCGCCGAGCUCCUCCCCCGAUGUCAUCCUGUUGAACCAGCCAGGCGAUGCAGAACGAAUCCGUGAGCUCGGCGACCUGGACCGGCCCGGCCCAGAGGUCGGCCUCAGCAACGGCAAAACAGCCUGGGUGGGCGACGGCCAGCCGGCACAGGACGGCCCCCGACCUAGCUCGCCGCCGGCCUUGGAAGCGUAAGAGAAUAACACAAUA